AUAAAAUCCCACCCAAUCCUCCAUUGCCAAUACUAGUGUCCACUCAAUUAUCUCCGGCUCUCAUGCACAGAAUUUCCGGGUGGAAUCCCAUUGUUACUUCGGAUAUCCAUGAAACCGACUCGUAUACUUGUUUCUGGGGUUUCACCUAAAACUCUCCAUUAUGCUUAAGUACUAGGGGUCUCUGACCAUUUUGCAAAAUGUUAAUUUUGAUCUAUAAUCAGUAGCAAAAAAAUUCUUCACCUCCCCUACCCGGAGGCUGGGGCUUGGCCAUCUCUACCAAAUUCCAUUGUUUCUUUGCUUGAAACUGAUCCAAAGUUGUUCAUCAUAUUGCUUUAUAGUUUAUACAAAUCAACAACCUCUGAGCUAUGGAAUCAGGGCAACAACAACUACAGCCUCAAAACCCCGACCAACGUUCGGCGCCGAGAAAUAUUAUAUUUGACAAGUAUGAGAUGGGAAGGCUUUUGGGCCAAGGCACCUUCGCCAAAGUCUACCAUGGCAAGAACCUCGCCACCAGCGAAAGCGUAGCCAUCAAAGUGAUAAACAAGGACCACAUCAAGAAAGAAGGCCUUGUUGAGCAGAUCAAGCGUGAAAUCUCCAUCAUGCACUUGGUUCAUCACCCCCACAUCGUCGAGCUCAAAGAAGUCAUGGCCACGAAGACAAAGAUCUUCUUUAUCAUGGAGCACGUUAAAGGCGGCGAGCUAUUCGAAAAAAUCAUCAAGGGAAAGCUCAAAGAAGAUGUUGCACGUAAGUAUUUUCAACAAUUGAUAUUCGCCGUGGAUUUCUGCCACAGCCGCGGCGUUGCGCACCGUGAUUUGAAGCCGGAGAAUCUUCUUCUGGAUGAGAAUGAAGACUUGAAAGUCUCGGAUUUCGGGCUGUCGGCGUUGCCGGAGCAGCAUUGGAGCGAUGGCAUGCUGCAUACGCAGUGCGGCACGCCGGCGUAUGUCGCUCCGGAGAUAUUGAGGAAGAAAGGGUAUGAUGGGGCCAAGGCGGAUUUAUGGUCUUGUGGCGUCGUUUUGUUUGUUUUUCUUGCUGGGUAUUUGCCGUUCCACGAUGAGAAUGCUAUGAGGACUUAUAGGAAAGUUUUCAAGGCCGAAUACCGAUUUCCGCCAUGGAUUUCUGGGGAUGCAAGGCGUUUGAUACGAAAGCUUUUGGUUGUUGAUCCAGAAAAUAGGGCUUCAGUCUCAGAACUAAUGAAAGACCCUUGGUUUCAAAAGGGUUCUUCCUCCAAUUUAACCAAGCUCAGUCUACAUGAAGAAAAUGAGACGGAGAAAAGUCAGAAAACUGGGGAAAAAAUUGCUAGUACAACUACUACUACUGCAAAUGAUACAUCCGAAUCCCCACCAUUUUUCAAUGCGUUCGAGUUCAUAUCCUCCAUGUCGUCCGGCUUCGACCUCUCGCACAUGUUUGAGAAAAAGAAGAGGACCGGGUCCAUGUUCACUUCCAAAUGCUCUGCUGCGGGGAUCAAGGCAAAGCUGCAGGUAGUGGCGGAGAGGCUUAAUUUCAGAGUGGUGUGUGAGAAGGAAUUCAAAGUGAAAUUGCUAGGGAAAACGGAGGGAAGAAAAGGGAAGUUGGCGGUGGUGGCGGAGGUGUUUCAAAUAGCAGAGGAGGUGGCCGUGGUGGAGUUUUCAAAGCUCUCCGGCGACACUCUUGAGUACACAAAGUUUUGUGAGGAGGAUGUUAGGCCUGCGAUUAAGGACAUUGUGUGGACUUGGCAGGGUGAAGAAAAUAAAUAUGCACGAAAUGUAGUCGGAAAUGUUUUAUGAAUUAGUUGAGGUAAGCUGUUACGUACCUGUUUGUUAGAUCCCUAAUCUUAAUUAGUUUCAGUCCGAUUUUCAGUUAUUAUUACUAUGGAAAUUGUGACAUCUCUUGUUUUGUUUUGUUCUUCGUUUGGAAGAGAAAUUGGUGCGUUGGAACUGGCAGGGA